GGCCAGGCGGCCGGGAUGGCGGCGGCGGCGGCGGCGACGGGGCAGCGGCUGCUGCUGCGGGCGGCGGGGGCCGGGGCCGGGGCGGCCGAGCCGGCGCGGGGCCGCGGCGGGCUGUAGGCGGCGCCAUGGAGCGGCCCGGGAGCGGCGGCGCCGAGGGGGCCUGGGCCGCGCUGCUGGGCCGGCAGCACCAGCAGGCCCGGGAGUACUGCCCGGGGGUGAACAACCAGCCCUACGUGUGCGAGACCGGGCACUGCUGCGGGGAGACCGGCUGCUGCACCUACUACUACGAGCUGUGGUGGUUCUGGCUCCUCUGGACCAUCCUCAUCCUCUUCAGCUGCUGCUGCGCCUACCGGCACCGCCGGGCCAAGCUGCGCCUGCAGCAGCAGCAGCGGCAGCGGGAGAUCAACCUCAUCGCCUACCACGGUGCCUGCAACUACCCCGCCUCCAUGAUGGACCUCAGGAUGCUGGCUUCCUUCAAGCUGCCUGCCUACGAGGAGGUGGCCCACCGGCCCAGCACGCCGCCGCCGCCGUACAGCGCCAUCCUGGCCCAGCUGAGCGGGCCCCGCGGCCGCCUGGGCUCCAGCAGCCUCACCCUCUCGCCCAGCUCGGAGAACUACACCAGCUGCUCCUGCGAGUCGAGCUGCGCCACGUCCCCCAGCAGCACCUCGCUCUCGGUGCAGGUGACGGACGAGACGGAACGUAGCCAGGCCAGCACGCCCAGCGAGGAGGGUGGCACCAGCAGCACCGGUACCGGCGCCAGCUGGGAUCUGCCCCCCGAGGAGGCACCAGCCCGCGGGGCCCCGCACAAGCACGCCCUCUUCUCCUCCACCGUGGACUUCUUCGAGGCCGAUUGCCACCCCUGCUCCGACAUCGAGGAGGGCGAGGAGGAGGAGGGCGGCGCGGCCCGGGAGGAAGGUGGCAGCGGCGGCGAGCAUUUCCGGCACCGGCGCCUGACGGGGGACUCGGGCAUCGAGGUGGGGCGCUGCCAGGAGGAGGAGGAGGGCGAGGGUGAGGGCACCCACCUCCUGGGCAAGGCCGGCCCCGCGCCCCCCUCCCGCUGCGGGCUGCCGGGCCAGGGGGGCGGCGAGGGGCCCAGCUCGCCCGCCCUGCCUGUCUGAGCUGGCACUCGCCGGCUGUGCCCUGCCCUCCCCGCUGCCUGCUCGCUUGCCUGGCCCCGUCCUGCUGCCUGCUCCCCCCCCGUCCCCGCCUUGGAGCAGCUGGGGGGGGGGAUGGAUGCGGCAGGGGUGACUUCCCCCCCCCCCCC